GUUUAUUUCCGGUGUGAUUCAGUUCUAGAAACAUAAGAAAGUGUACAUUUUCAUUUAUUUUCUGUCGUCAUUUUUAGCCACGGUAACGUGUAAGCGAUUGUUGAAAAUUAAUUUUACUUUAUGUUCGUUCGGAGCCGAUCGUAAACCGCGUUCUAAUUGCGUGCGAUCUCCUUUUGGAGAGGUUUCACGAGGUGCUUCGUCAUAGAUAGUGGAAGGUUCGCGCGGCCGGCGACUGCGGAGCCGUGUUUUCCUGGUGCCAGCUUCAGUGAAGCCAGGAUCAACGAUUCAUCCAGUCUGUCAGCUCUCGUCCAGUGGGGCGUUACCGUUUUAUAUGACUUUAGCAAGAUAUAUAGAGACAUCAGUACAGUGCGAGGAGAGCGGUCGGUGCGGCGCGACGAGGAGAGCGGCCGGCUGCCGUCGAGCGUGCAUGACUCACACAACACUUAGCACUACUGCUCGCAGAAGAUCAAAAUUUUGCAGUAACCGCCAUCGGAAGCUGCUGCCGCUGCGGCAGACGUGACUGCAGCCCGCUGUCGCGCCCCGCGCCCCCGUGACGCGCCGCGCCACAUGCCCCGCUAGCACUCCCAGCCCGGAACAAGAAGCAGUGGGUACAGCCCGGUUUAGUUAGUUAGUUGUAUUCAUAAGCACCAACCAUGGGUUCGCUCAACGUGAACCGCAAUGUCGCCGACGCCUUUUACCGCUACAAGAUGCCGCGCAUCUGCGCCAAGGUCGAGGGAAAAGGCAACGGCAUCAAGACUGUCAUUGUCAACAUGCCUGAGGUCGCCAAGGCUCUUGGCCGGCCAGCUACAUACCCGACGAAAUACUUCGGGUGCGAGCUGGGCGCGCAGACACAGUUCGACUACAAGAACGAGCGCUUCAUCGUCAACGGAUCCCACGACUCGGCCAAGCUGCAGGACCUGCUGGACGGGUUCAUCCGCAAGUUCGUCCUCUGCCCCGAGUGCGACAACCCGGAGACGGAGCUGAUCGUGUCUACCAAGCGGAACACUAUCUCGCAGGGCUGCAAGGCUUGCGGCUACCACGGCACGCUGGACUUCUCUCACAAGCUCAACACCUUCAUACUGAAGAACCCGCCCACCAAGGACCCCAGCACUGAGGGCUCGUCGCUAACCGAGGGCAACCGCGGCAAGCGCUCCAAGCGCUCCGGGCCCGGCGCCGCCAACGGCAACCACGACGACAGCAGCGACGCCAAGCCUGAAAGCGAGACGCCAGUCACCCCAGUGGCGCCAACGCCGAAGAGCAAGAAGGAGCACAAGCAUAAGCACGAUGACGACGACGACGACGGCACCUGGACCGUCGACGUCAGCGACGCGGCCGUGCGCGCCCGCAUGCAAGAUCUAACGGAGGGCGCCAAGUCGAUGACCUUAAGCGAGGACAGCGAGAAGAACGAGAAGCAGCGCAUGGACCUGUUCUACGCGUACCUCAAGCAGAAGGCCGCGGCCGGAGACGUGACCUCCACCAAGGCCUGCACCGACUUGCUGCACGAGGCCGAACGGUUGGAGGUGAAGUCGAAGGCGCCGCUGGUGCUGUUCGAGGUGCUGGUGCGGCCCGGCGCGCUGGCCGCCGACGUGCGCAAGCACCGCGCGCUGCUGCUGCGCUUCACGCACGGCGACGCGCGCGCGCAGCGCUCGGCGCUGUCCGCCGUGGACGUGCUGUGCGCGCUGCACCCCGCCCUCGUGCCCAAGGUGGCCGGCGCGCUCAAGUUGCUGUACGACCUGGACAUCGUGGAGGAGAAGGCGAUCGUGGAGUGGUUCAACAAGCCGUCGCGCAAGGCGCUGAGCAAGGAGGUGGCGGCCGAGGUGCGGCGCCGCGCGCAGCCCUUCCUGGACUGGCUGCAGCAGGCCGAGGAGGACUCCGACGAGGACGACGAGGGCGAGCUCGAGAUCGAGUACAACGACCGCGCCGCGGCGACGCCGAUGAAGGCGCAGGCCGCGGCCGCCCGGGCGCCGCGCGACGACGACGACAACGACCUCGACAUCGACGCCAUCUAGCCUGCCUGCUGCUGCUGCUGCUCCGCCCCCGCCCCCGCCUCCCCUACCAGCCUCCAGGGCGGCCGGGUGGACGCCCUCCCAAACGCGACAGACAUUCUAAAAUCAUCCGUUGAGUAUCGGUCCCGUGAUACCUUAUCUCUAUAUCCAUGACGGUAGCGUCAAAUAUAUUAUAUGCGACUUUCGGUAGUUUGGAUGUCGAUGAAUUAAUGGUUCCCCCCUAUUUGACUCUUAUUCGGUUCACCGGCCGGCGGGACGCUCUGAAAGGUCGCAAUAGAAGUGCGAGUAUAUCGCUUUUAUAAAAUAUUCAGCAUUUUCCUUCGUCUUAAUCGAGUCAUUACCUGAUUUCUUAAUUUCUCGCAAUGUACAGCUGCCGUUUAAUUUAAUUGUUCCUAUAAAAACGUAAACCUUAAAUUAAAUAUCAAAAUAACUUCAAAUACUAGUUCAUCACGCGAAUCCCGUGCAUUUAUUUAUCUGGGAUUCCCAUUGUAUGAACUCUUUCCAGUUUACAAUUUUAAAUACACUCAUGUGAUGAAAAUGGAGUUUUCGACCCAAAUACAUUACAUACAUUUGGUAAAAAAUAUGUUCUUUAUUGAAGUGAUAUACAAGUUUUUACCGAUGCUAAAAAUUAAGUUUUUUUUUUUAAUUUUGUCUUAGUCCUAAAACUUGUUAACAAAUACCUAACGAAAAUUUAAUAUAAGAAAAGACCCGAGACUAUACGUUAAAUCAGCCCCAACUCUCCAGGUAAAAUAAUGUACAGGAGGCUAACAUGAAUAUUCAGCUCGGUUACGUAUUUGACGGGUCUUUUGAAAUGCUCGAAUCAGCAAUUCGUUCAGGGUUUUUGUUGAACACGACCGUUCAUCUACUACACCCGUGACUAUAGUCGACUGCAAAUUGCCCCGUCUGUGGUGAUUGUUUAUUCUCGUCACAUAUAAAACAAGAUCGUUUAGACAUUAUUUAUUCGCUUGGAUUGCCGAACCGUAUUCAAAUCCAUAUUUUUUACCUACAAUUUAUUUGUAUGCAAUGAAUCGUUUCAUUUUUGAUGAUAUUCUUGUAAAAAUAUAUUUAUGAGAGUCGAAUUAUGUUAUUAAACCGUCGAUAUGGAUGUACGUGUGCGUCUCGUGGAGCAUUUCGAGGAGUGUGCGACCUCGCGCAGGCGCGGCGCUAGGCUCGGGUAGGACCUAGUGCCCGGCUUGGACCUAGCUAGGCUUAGAUCCGGCUUGGACCUAGCUAGGCUUAGAUCCGGCUUGGACCUAGCUAGGCUUAGAUCCGGCUUGGACCUAGCUAGGCUUAGAUCCGGCUUGGACCUAGCUAGGCUUAGAUCCGGCUUGGACCUAGCUAGGCUUAGAUCCGGCUUGGACCUAGCUAGGCUUAGAUCCGGCUUGGACCUAGCUAGGCUUAGAUCGCUACCGUUUUCUUUUACCGAAACCUCGUUCCUGUAUCUAUGUAGAUAAUUUUAUUUGAUAUAUUUAAUAUUAUAUUCUGAUUUAUACACGCGGAUUGUCACAAAAUGACUGCAAAUAAAAUGGGAUCGAGCAUUUUAAUGGAAUGUAUAAAAUUGAUAGACAUUGGUUUAGAUUUAAUUGUACAGGGAAAUGGCGCGCGGGGCUCGGCGAGGAAACUAACGCAUUGUCAUUGGAAAAUGGACUUAGUUUACAAAAAAGUGCAUUACAGGUUUUAUUUCCUACAAAACAUCUAUAGUCGCUGGCAGCUAAGGAGUUAUCGUAACAUCUGUAAUUUUAAUACAUUUUACCCCCUAUACUUAACAAUAAAACGUGUCGAAAUGAUCAGAUUCAGUCCAUAUUUCAUGUUUCAUCACAUUGUAAGCUGAAGCGUUUAAGAUCUGAUGUUAUACUCCAAGUAAAGGUAACUCUAAUGUUGGUAUCGCAAUACAGUUUCCUGGGCACCGCUCGCACUUUAGCACUUGUAUGUAACUUAGGUUAGUUUAUUUCCUAUCAAGCCUCGAGUACUGCGUUACUCGGUAACUACAUCUAUGUUUUUAUAUAACAAAAAAUUAAUCUGUCUUCUAGGCAACUUAUUAAAAAUACAAUACAUUUAAUUUACAUUUUUAAUGCCAUGUAUAGGGACCGUGCGCGUUGGAGGGUCUGCCAUCUUGUGGUCUGAAUCGGAACCAUAAACAGGCACAUUUACACGUCAAGUGUUUUCUUGUGCAUAGUAGGUUCUGCCAUCUUGUGGGCUACAUCGGAAUAAUAAAAAUCACAUUUACGCUUCGCGCCAAAAAUCUGACAUCUCCUGUGCUCCCUAUACGUCAAAAACUUCGCUUACACAACUUGACAACAUACGCCAUAAUCAUUAGCAAUUUUGGCGUUACACUGCACUGUAUACGACUUAAUUUAGUCCAAAAGGUUAAAGGGAAGGUUUUUAUAUUCUCAUUCUUGCUGGAUGUGUGUGAUCUAAAAACUUUAAAACGUUUAAUUGUAGAAACAGAAACACGCUUAACUGUCCAUCGGUGGACCUUAUGCCUUUUGUAAUAAGGUCCACCGAUGGACAAUUAAGUGUGGGCGAUGGUACUGGAAUAUCAGUUUGCAUCACAUGCACAAGGUAACGAUGAGAACAGUUGAGAAUCGGAAGCAUACCAAGAAACACGUAUUACUCGUAAGUUAUUCUAAAAACAUGGAUUUAUGUUCGAAAGUAUUUGAAAUGAGCAUAAUUUACAAUUAAAAUAUACCUUAUAGUCUAAGUAAUAAGACCCGAAUUGUAAUGAAAAUGAUGUUCAUCUCAUGUCAUUAGAAAUAUACUGAGUAACGCAGCAGUGUAAUAUAGUUUGGUAAAGCGGCCGUGCGUAGCCUGCCUCUACUACUAUCUAAAUUGCCACCUGACAACUAUGCGUUUGUUUUGUAUUCAAUACAUUUUUGGAUUCUGAA